GUCGAGCCCAGGGGACCCCCGAGCUAAGACUGAUCGUAAGACCUCAGAGGAAAUCACCCUUAGGUUCUGGAAACAGUGAUAUUCACGGUGUGAGAAUCACAAAUGUCAUCCAGUGAUGGAAGAUCCAGGAAUUGGGACAGGGGCUACAGUGAGGUCCCAGGGGACAUGCCAUAUCAAGAUGGUACCAUCAGAACCCUCGAGUCUUUUCACAACAGUGAGCUGGCUGUGAGCGCAGAUCCUCUGCCACCUCCCCCUCUCCCAUUACAGCCACCGUUCGGCCCAGGUUUCUACUCAAGUGACACAGAGGAACCUGCCAUAGCACCAGACCUCAAACCCGUCAGACGCUUUAUCCCUGAUUCAUGGAAGAACUUCUUCAAAGGGAAGAAGGACCCAGAAUGGAAUAAGUCGGUGUCUGACAUCAGGUACAUCUCUGAUGGUGUGGAAUGUUCACCUCCAGCUUCACCAACAAGACCAAACCACCGCCCACCCAACUCCUACAGAGAUCCUUCUAGAGGGUCAGAAGGCACCUUCAGUUCCCAGAAAGAAGCGGAUGCCAUGUUUCCUCACGAUCCCUAUGCAUCCCUAGACCGGCACACACAGACGGCUCGAACAUACAGUGAGAAAGUGGAGGAGUACAACCUGAGGUAUUCAUACAUGAAGUCCUGGGCAGGCCUGCUGAGAAUUCUGGGUGUGGUGGAGCUCCUUCUGGGGGCCGGUGUCUUUGCGUGCGUCACGGCUUACAUUCACAAGGACAGUGAGUGGUACAACUUGUUUGGCUAUUCACAGCCUUAUGGCAUGGGAGGCAUUGGCAGUCUGGGCAAUACAUAUGGGGGUUACUACAGCGGCCCCAAGACUCCUUUUAUACUGGUAGUAGCUGGAUUAGCUUGGAUCGCCACUAUUAUUAUUCUGGUGCUUGGCAUGUCCAUGUAUUACCGGACCAUUCUUUUGGACUCUAACUGGUGGCCCCUGACUGAAUUUGGAAUUAAUGUUGCCUUGUUUAUCCUGUACAUGGCUGCAGCCAUAGUCUAUGUGAAUGACACCAACCGAGGUGGACUCUGCUACUAUCCGUUCUUUAAUCCAAUGAAUGCAAUGCUCUGCCGGGUGGAAGGAGGUCAGAUAGCAGCAAUGAUCUUCCUGUUUGUCACUAUGAUAGUCUAUCUGGUCAGCGCUCUGGUUUGCCUGAAACUGUGGAGGCAUGAGGCAGCUCGGAGACAUAGGGAAUACAUGGAACAACAGGAAGUAAAUGAGCCAUCAUUGCCAUCAAAAAGGAAAGUGUGUGAAGUGGCCGCCAGUGACAGAGAGAGAGAGCAAGAAGUUAAUGUCAAAGAACUGAGAACAACAAAAAUGAAGCCUGACCUUCUAAGUGGACACAUCCCACCAGGCCACAUUCCUAAGCCCAUCGUGAUGCCCGACUAUGUGGCAAAAUACCCUGUGAUUCAGACGGAUGAUGAACGAGAACGCUAUAAAGCCGUGUUCCAAGAUCAGUUCUCAGAGUACAAAGAGCUGUCUGCGGAAGUACAGGCCAUCAUGAGGAAGCUUGAUGAGCUGGAUGCAGUGAUGAGCAGGCUGCCAUAUCACUCUGAGAGCCACCAGGAACAUGAGAGAAUUUCAAGAAUCCAUGAAGAGUUUAAGAAAAAAAAGAAUGAUCCUUCAUUUUUGGAGAAAAAAGAGCGCUGUGAUUACCUCAAGAAUAAGCUUUCUCACAUAAAGCAAAGAAUUCAAGAAUAUGAUAAAGUAAUGAAUUGGGAUAUACAAGGUUAUUCUUAAGUUUUAUUUGAAGCUAGUUUUAUAGCCAAUUUGACUAUUUAUUCAUUGUCUUUUUUAUGUUGGUCUCUGAGGCAGACAAGCAGGUGUUUCCUGUGGCAGCAUUCAAGGUUAAAGGGUGUGAUUUCACUCAAACAUUUCAGAACGCUUUCAGGCCUACUAAGGGCCUUUCCUGAGAACGGCAGAGCCGUGUAUUCACCUGUGUGUGGUUUCAUCUUCAUCUCAGUAAAAUGCACUGCCAUUUUAGACGUGCUGCCCUUGGGGAGCGGGGGUGAUGAGCAGGCAACUGUGAGUUCUGACAUAUUUACUCAGGCUGGUUCCUAGGACUUUUCUAAGACAAGUUUUUCUUCCUAAGACAAAUUCCUAGAAGAUUCUUCCUAAGGAAUUUCUUGAAAAAGACUCAAAUCCAAGAUCAACACAGUCAAACAUUAUGGUCUUGAGCAAGUGCCUGUUUUUCCUUCUGUAAAAUUGAAACUUUAAAAAAAAGUACCUACCUCAGAGACGGUUAUGAGGACUGAAUGUGUUCCUAUUUGUCAAGCAUUCAGAACAGAGCCUGGCUCUUUGUAAGCACUACAUUACUGCUAUGAACAGUAGAUAUGCUGGUGAGAUGGAGGAGGUACAUGGCACAGAAUGAGCUUAAGGAAAGGUCUUAGCAAGCCUCUGCAACCACCUGGAGGCUGUGGGUUCCAUCAUUUUCUUUUUGUGCUGUUCACUUUGACCAUGUGUAUGCUUAAGCAGAGACUUCCCUACUGUUGUGUAGCCUGUGAGGGACCCUCAGCCCUCCUGUCUUUUAUAAGAAUCACUAUACACAUAUCUCCAUGUCCCUCAGCCCAGCCUGUCCUUUGCACGUGUGAGAAAGCUACCUCUCCCUUUGAUUCACUGGGAUGCUCCAUCUCACUAAGGAUCAUUUUGACAGCUGGGCGUGGUGGUGCAUGCUUUUAGUCUCAGCGUUCUGGAGUAAAGUUCAAGGCCAGCCUGGUCUGCAU